AUGGAUAAGAAAAUUGAAGAUAUUGCUAAUGAACUUGUAAAAACAUUCAAAGAUAAAUUUAAUCGUGAUCCUGAUUUGCUUGUUCUAAACGCUAUACAACCAAUAAUGUAUUUACUCAAGCGCGAACAAAAUCUAUCUGAUUUUUCGGAAUCACUAAAAGCAUUGCUCUGGAAAGAAAAGGAUGUUGCAUGUUUAAGUCAACGUCAGUUAGUCGACAAGAUGAUGAACAUUUCAAAUCGAUUUCUUUGUCGACGUUUAACAUUGCUUCUUGGCAAACGUAAUCCAAUACCGAUGAUUCAACCACCCAUAAGUACAAUCAACAACGAACAUCGUUUUGCAUCGAAUAUUAUUCAUGCUUGGGAUUUUACUCGGCCUAUUUUACUUUCAUUUGGUAUCGGCAAAUGUAAUGGUAAAACGUCUCUUGUGAAUUCUCUAUUCGGAGCGAACUUUGAACAAUCAAUGAAUAAUAAUUACUUUCAUGGAACAUGUGAUGUUGAUUUUGGCUAUAAUUUUCUUGAACGACGUUCUGUAAAUAUUGCUGAUGUUCAUGGAAUUAUUUCGAUUGAGACUCUGAAUCGUAUUUGUCAAUUAUUCAAUGGUUUUCUUAUUCAUGUUCAAUCAGCGUACUUUACCUCCAAUACAGCGGAUGUUAUUCAAUAUUUAGAUUUGCUUUCGCAUCCAAGCUAUAUUCUACUGCUUAUACGUGACAUAGUUGAUGAAGAGGACAAUAAAGUGCAAAUAGCUAUUAACAAAGUGAAUUCCGUCCCUUUGAAUUGUCAAGUUUUCUAUGUGCCGUACGUUGGCGACAAAAUUAAUUAUAAAAUGAAAUCAACAAUUAAUGAUUUACGUAAACAGAUUUUCCUUAAAGCUAUCCAUUUCAGUCAUUCAAACAAACAAAUUAUCCAAAACCAUCUUGAACAACUGAUGGAUACUAGCCAACGUAAAAAUAUCGAGCAAGACAAACGUUUUCUUGAUUCUAUUCGAUCAGUUCUGAUUCAUGGUAAAGAAGAUGAUUAUCCACUGUAUUCAUUAUUUACUCGUAUGUGUGAUACACGACUCAAGAUAGCCAAGAUGAAUCCUUAUAGUGCCGAUUUUCAAGAUGAAAAGUUGUAUGAUCUUCAGAGCACGUUCUUUCAAAUCAAAGCAGAGUUAGAAAAACAACAACGAGCUGGUUUUAAAGCAGCUGGCCAAGCAUUUCAACUUUUCUUCAAUCUUCUUCAAAAGAAGGAAGAUCAAUUGAAUAAUUUGAAUUUAUUAUCUAUUGAGUUAAAACAUGAACGGGAUACGAAAAUACAAGAAAAUCUAGCAGCCCCGUUUUAUGAACAACUUUCACUUGAAAUUCAUUGGCGAAAUGCUAUACUCAGUUCUAAAAAUAUAUUGGAUACUGAACAAAAAAUACUUAUCGAUGCGUAUCAUAAUUAUAUCAUCGAAGGAAAUCCUUUCGAAAUAGUCGAUGGUGAUAAUUUUGAAAUUCAAGAUGAAUUUUUAACGAAAGUUAUGUAUUUAUUUCGCCACGAAAAAUUUUUCAUUAUGAGUAUAAUCGGACCACAGAGCAGUGGCAAAAGUACAUUGCUUAACUUUUUAUUUGGUACUUUAUUUGACGUACGUGAAGGGCGAUGUACUCGAGGUAAGUCGAAACGAUAUGAACUAGCUCUUGACGAUCGAUUUUCUUUCUUACCCUUUGAAAACGAACUCAGUUCACAGCAUUUAAAAAUAACUCUGGUGUAA